UGCUUCUGCCUCAGCGAUGGCCCAGUGUGUACAAUCAGUGCAAGAACUAAUCCCGGACUCCUUCGUCCCCUGUGUCGCCGCGCUGUGCAGCGACGAAGCCGAGCGGCUCACUCGUCUCAAUCACCUUAGCUUCGCGGAGUUGCUUAAGCCCUUCUCUCGCCUCACUUCCGAGGUUCAUAUGAGAGAUCCUAAUAAUCAGCUUCACAUAAUUAAAAAUUUGAAGAUAGCAGUAAGCAACAUUGUCACCCAACCGCCUCAUCCUGGAGCCAUUCGGAAGCUUUUGAGUGAUGUUGUUUCUUGCAGCCAGCCUGCAGAAGGAUUAGUAGCUAAUGUGAUUACAGCAGGAGAUUAUGACCUCAACAUCAGUGCUACUACUCCAUGGUUUGAGUCUUACAGAGAGACCUUCCUUCAGUCGAUGCCAGCAUCAGAUCAUGAAUUUCUGAACCACUAUUUAGCAUGUAUGUUGGUAGCAUCGUCUAGUGAAGCUGAGCCUGUGGAACAGUUUUCAAAGUUGUCACAAGAACAGCAUCGAAUUCAGCACAACAGUGACUAUACCUACCCCAAGUGGUUUAUACCAAAUACACUUAAAUAUUACGUACUUUUACAUGAUGUAAGUGCAGGAGAUGAACAGAGAGCUGAAUCCAUUUAUGAAGAAAUGAAACAGAAAUAUGGAACUCAGGGUUGCUAUUUACUUAAAAUUAAUUCUCGAACGUCGAAUCGAGCAUCAGAUGAACAGAUACCAGAUCCUUGGAGUCAGUAUCUUCAGAAAAAUAGUAUUCAAAACCAGGAAUCAUAUGAAGAUGGCCCUUGUACUGUAACUUCAAAUAAGAAUUCUGAUAGUAACUUGCUUUCAUUGGAUGGAUUAGAUAAUGAAGUCAAAGUAGAUGGCUUACCAAAUAACUUUAGAGCUCACCCACUUCAGUUGGACUCAUCCAGUGACCCUUCUAACAGCAUUGAUGGCUCAGAUCGUGUAAAGUCUGCUUCAUCAUUACAUGACACAAAGAAAGCAAAUACUGGAAUAAUUCAUGGUGCAUGUUUAACCCUCACUGAUCAUGAUAGAAUUCGACAGUUUAUACAAGAAUUCACAUUUCGGGGCCUUUUGCCACAUAUAGAGAAAACAAUUCGGCAAUUAAAUGAUCAGCUAAUAUCAAGAAAAGGUUUGAGUCGAUCUCUAUUCUCUGCAACUAAAAAAUGGUUUAGUGGCAGUAAAGUUCCAGAGAAGAGCAUUAAUGAGUUGAAAAAUACACCUGGAUUGCUGUAUCCACCAGAAGCACCAGAGCUUCAAAUCAGGAAAAUGGCUGACUUAUGUUUCUUGGUGCAGCAUUAUGAUCUGGCUUACAGUUGUUAUCAUACUGCAAAGAAGGAUUUUCUUAAUGAUCAAGCAAUGCUUUAUGCAGCUGGUGCCUUGGAAAUGGCAGCAGUGUCAGCAUUUCUUCAGCCGGGUGCACCUAGGCCAUACCCUGCACAUUACAUGGAUACAGCAAUCCAGACAUAUAGGGAUAUCUGCAAGAAUAUGGUAUUGGCUGAAAGAUGUGUAUUGCUUAGUGCUGAAAUCUUAAAAAGCCAAAGCAAAUAUUCAGAGGCUGCAGCUCUUCUAAUACGGCUGACCAGUGAGGAUUCUGAUCUUCGAAGUGCACUUCUUUUGGAACAGGCGGCACAUUGCUUUAUAAACAUGAAGAGUCCCAUGGUUAGAAAAUACGCGUUUCAUAUGAUAUUAGCAGGCCAUCGGUUUAGUAAAGCAGGGCAGAAAAAGCAUGCUUUACGCUGCUAUUGUCAAGCCAUGCAAGUUUACAAAGGAAAAGGCUGGUCUCUUGCAGAGGAUCACAUUAACUUCACUAUUGGGCGCCAAUCCUAUACUCUUAGGCAACUGGACAAUGCUGUGUCUGCUUUUAGGCAUAUUUUAAUUAAUGAAAGUAAACAAUCUGCAGCUCAACAAGGGGCCUUCCUCAGAGAGUAUCUUUAUGUUUACAAGAAUGUAAGUCAGCUAUCACCAGAUGGUCCCUUACCGCAGCUUCCUUUACCAUAUAUUAAUAGUUCAGCAACACGGGUUUUCUUUGGCCAUGACAGACGACCAGCAGAUGGUGAAAAGCAAGCAGCUACUCAUGUCAGUCUUGAUCAAGAAUAUGACUAUGAAUCCUCCCAGCAAUGGCGAGAACUUGAGGAACAAGUGGUGGCCUUAGUUAACAAAGGAGUAAUUCCAUCCAAUUUCCAUCCUACGCAGUACUGUUUGAACAGUUAUUCAGAUAACUCAAGAUUUCCACUUGCAGUUGUAGAAGAACCAAUAACAGUAGAAGUGGCUUUUAGAAACCCUUUGAAGGUUCCACUUUUGUUGACUGAUUUGUCAUUGCUCUGGAAGUUUCAACCUAAAGAUUUCAUUGGAAAGAAUAAUGAAGAAGUUAAAGAACUAGUAACAAGUGAACUUGAAAUGAUUGGAACUGAAGUUAUUUCAGAAUUCUUAAUUAAUAGUGAAGAAUCUAAAGUGGCAAGACUAAAGCUCUUUCCCCAUCACAUAGGGGAGCUGCAUGUUCUGGGAGUUGUUUAUAAUCUUGGCACUAUUCAGGGCUCCAUGACAGUAGAUGGCAUUGGUGCUCUUCCUGGAUGUCACACAGGAAAACAUUCCUUGAGUAUGUCAGUCCGAGGGAGACAAGAUUUAGAAAUUCAGGGUCCUCGGCUUAACAACACAAAAGAAGAGAAAACAUCUAUUAAAUAUGGUCCUGAUCGAAGAUUGGACCCCAUAAUCACUGAGGAAAUGCCACUGUUGGAGGUGUUCUUUAUACAUUUUCCUACAGGGCUCCUCUGUGGAGAAAUCCGAAAAGCAUAUGUAGAAUUUGUCAAUGUCAGCAAAUGUCCUCUUACUGGAUUGAAGGUUGUUUGUAAACAUCCAGAGUUCUUUACUUUUGGUGGUAACACGGCUAUUCUAACACCACUAAGUCCCUCAGCUUCUGAGAACUGUAGUGCUUACAAGACUGUUGUGACAGAUUCUACCUCUGUGUGUACAGCACUCACAUCAUCAGCUUCUUCUACAGACUUUGGCAUUGGCACAGGAAGUCACCCAGAGGUGAUUCCUGUUCCCCUUCCUGACACUGUUCUUCUACCUGGAGCUUCAGUUCAGCUACCAAUGUGGUUACGUGGGCCUGAUGAAGAAGGUGUCCAUGAAAUUAACUUUCUGUUUUACUAUGAAGGUGUUAAAAAGCAGCCUAAAGUACGUCACAGAGUAUUAAGACAUACAGCAGUUAUUUGUACCAGCCGAUCUUUGAGUGUACGAGCCACUGUCUGCAGAAGUAAUUCUCUUGAGGAUGAGGAGGGCAGAGGAGGCAAUAUGCUAGUCUUUGUGGAUGUGGAAAAUAUCAAUACUAGUGAAGCAGGUGUUAAGGAAUUCCAUAUAGUACAAGUAUCAAGUAGUAGCAAACACUGGAGGUUACAGAAAUCUGUAAAUCUCUCUGAAAACAAAGAUGCCAAACUUGGCAGUAGGGAAAAGGGAAAGUUUUGCUUCAAGGCAAUACGAUGUAAGGAAAAAGAAGUUGCCACACAGUCAUCAGAAAAAUACACCUUUGCAGAUAUCAUCUUUGGAAAUGAACAGAUAAUAAGUUCAGCAAGUCCAUGUGCAGAUUUCUUUUACCGAAGUUUAUCCUCUGAACUAAGGAAAUCGCAAGCCCAGCCAUCGGUGCAUACAGAAACACAGUCAAUAGAGGAUGCUGUGAGAUUAAUUCAGAAGUGCAGUGAGGUGGAUUUGAACGUGGUCAUAUUAUGGAAGGCUUACGUAGUGGAAGACAGUAAGCAGCUUAUUUUGGAAGGUCAGCAUCAUGUUAUUCUUCACACUGUAGGAAAAGAAGCCUUUUCAUAUCCUCAGAAACAGGAGCCACCAGAAAUGGAACUGUUAAAAUUUUUCAGGCCAGAAAACACUACAGUCUCUCCGAGACCAUCCGUAGAGCAACUUUCUAAUCUCAUUAAAACAAGUCUUCACUAUCCAGAAUCAUUUAAUCAUCCAUUUCAUCAAAAAAGCCUUUGUUUAGUACCAGUCACCCUUUUACUUUCCAAUUGUUCUAAGGCUGAUGUCGAUGUCAUAGUUGAUCUUCGGCAUAAAACCACAAGUCCAGAAUCAUUGGAAAUCCAUGGAUCAUUUACAUGGCUUGGACAAACACAAUAUAAACUUCAGCUUAAAGGCGAGGAGAUUCACAGUUUGCAGCUGAAAGCAUGCUUUGUCCAUACAGGUGUUUAUAACCUUGGAACUUUUAGGGUAUUUGCCAAGUUAUCGGACCAAGUUACAGUGUUUGAAACAAGUCAGCAGAACUCCAUGCCUGCACUGAUCAUCAUUAAUAAUGUGUGACAACUUGUAAAGUUGUACUGAAAGCCACAGGAAUUGUUUUAUUUUACUGACUGGGUUUUACAGUGGUAUUUGAAAUACCUGACUUGUUCUGGAGGUUGGUAUCAGAUCACUGCAGAAUACUUGACAGUUUGUUGAUGAUGCAAAGCGCAUUGGACUGAGAAUACUGAUAUUCUUUUCUUGUAUUUCUUGAAACCUGGUAAUAAUUUACAUGCUCAUAAUACAGAAUUCAACGUACCCAUGCACCUUAUUAAGCCCCGUCUUAAAAACCAGCGUCUGAGUCUGCUGUUACAACUGUCAAUGGGUACAAACAUUAGGAGGCAAUUUUGCAGAAGGAAAAGAAGGCCUUGUUGGCAAAACUCCGGUUAAGCCAUUAGUCAAGUUCCAGCUUUACUGUGAAGUUUAAUAGAGUAUUAAAUACAAAUUUUCCUAUCUUGCUUCACACAGUUCUCUAAAAUCAGUUUUGAACUUUGGUUAUAGAAUCAUCGUACAUCAGUAUCUGGUGGUUCUUAUGGCUUAUACAUGACUUUGUAAAAGAAAUUUUUCUGAUGCUUUGAAUAUAGUUUUGAAAGGAGUUUGACUUUUUCUUCACUUCAGUGUGCACUAUUCACAAUAUGAGAUUUUUGUCAUUUAAAUUAUCAUAUUCUUUAUUAUGUAACUUUAACAAUUGAGUUGAUCUGUUUAAAAUAUAAAUCUCAAGUUAAUUAAAAAUAAGCUUUUCAAAAGUGUAUUAUAUUUAUAACAAAUGUACUGUAAAUAGAAUAAAGACAUGCUAUUCACUGUAUAGAAUUAUUAGAUGCUUUUUUUUUUUCAUUCUGAUGACCUAGUAUAUUUUUUAUUUAAAAAGAAUGCCAGUCAUAUUUUUAUGGCAGGUACCCAAACAAUUUCCUGAGAAUGCGUUAUUUUUGGUUCUAAAAGUGAAGUAGUUGUUCCUACAGUCCUUGUGGUCUUGUGAUACAUGAGCAAAUUAAUAUUGUCUUUAAAUGUGUCAUGUCUGGUGCCCAGUAACAAGUUUGGAGAUCCUUAUACCCUGGGAGAAAGGAAGAUCAAUGUUUAUUAUACCUACUAAAAAUUACCACAUUGAAGACUCUGGGGCUGGUUAUGGAACCGGUAAUUUAGCAUUCCUGCUGAAGAAGAGUAAAAAAUUUGAACAAAAUAGAAGAAAAAAUCUCACUAAAAACAAAGUGUUACCAAUAUAGUCAAUUACUAGAGGACUGAAAUUCAGAAGAAAGUUGAGAGAGAUGAGACCAUCAUUUGGGACUACCUUGCCUUGGAGUGUUUGACCACUUAAGAAGCAGCAUCUGAGUGGCAGAACCUUAUAUUUGACAGACUUUGAAGCAGUAAGUAUAGGUCAGGAGAAAUAAUCUAAUCUGAAGCAAGGAGUGGAAAAGGAUGGAAAGUAGGUGAAAAAAAGGUCAGAGACAUACUGGAUUCAGUGAGAAAGCCUUACCUGUUUGUUAGGAGCCCUUGAAAGAGGAGAGAUAAUAGGGCAAAGGCAGUUUUUGAAGAGAAUCUGAGAAUUUUCCAAGAUGGACAUCAAAUUAGACAUUCAGGUAGUUAAGUAAAUUCCAAACAACAAAGAGAAACCAGUGUAUCCAGAUGCAUCAUAGUGAAAUUGCUGGAAAUUAAAGACCUGAGAAAAGACUAUUGUCUUGCCCUGGCUGGUGUGGCUCAGUGGAUUGAGCACCAGCUUGACAACCAAAGGGUUGCUGGUUCCCAGUCAGGGCACAUGCCUGGGUUGCAGGCCAGGUCCCCAGCAGGGGGUGUGCAAGAGUCAACCACACAUUGAUGUUUCUCUCCCUCUUUCUCCCUUCACCUCUCAAAAGUAAAUAGUGAAUAUAUUUUUUUAAAAAAAAGAAAAAAUAGUCUUGAAUACAGAAGACAAAACUUCACCAAAAUAUUGGAAGCCAGAAGAUAGUGGGGCAACUUCAAAGGGUUGAAAGAAACAACGUUAAGCCAGAAUACCAAACUGAGCAAUAACACUUUUCAAGAAUGGAAGUGAAACUAAGACAUUUUCAGAUAAAACCUGGGAGUUGACUACUUUUAGGUUGCCUUAAGACAGUGGUGGCUGUGUAAAUGGGAAUUUUUCCAUUCAUUCCCCAAAUAACUAUGCAAAUCAAUGGGAAGAACAAGUGAAACCACACUAAACUUCAUGCUUUUAGUGUAACUAGACAGAGAUUACUAAUCUCAAGUUAUCUGUAAAUGAAAAAGUUAGUACUAAAUUCUAACUAUCUCAAUUCAAGCCUCUAAGCCUUUGUGGUGAAUGAAGGAGGGGAACACAGGAAUCCAGAAAGGCUGUGGAUAGAAGAUAGAGGGCUUAAGGGCGAGUCAAAAUCACUGUAAACAGAGGAAAUUGACCCUAACUGUAAAAGUGUUCAACAAGGGAGCUGGCAGAACAGAUCUGAUGAUAGGCAUGACAUUUGAGGCUCUUCCAUGGGGCCUUGUAGGAAUAGGGACCAUUAAUCACGAAGCUAAGGAAAUGCCUUCUAACAGAAAUUACCUUAUAAAUCAGCUACUUAAAAGACAAUGUUGAGUAUUUUGAGGCUUGUGUAGCCCAAAUAACUUUCAACUGAAAUUCUUUCAUUAGAGAAUCAUACCCUGAGGUCUGUUUCCAGGAGAAUCCAGGAAACUGCAAAUACAUGUAGGUACCCUAAUGGCAUACCCCAAACUACAGCAUUUUUAUAAUGUAAGGUUUGCCAGGCAGCUUGUAAGGGCAAGGCUUAAAUGGAAUGGGAACAGGAACAGAGCCUACAGAGGGGGUGAGGAGUGCUGGUGGGACUAGCAGGAGUGGGGGCUAUACAGCCCUAGAGCAGAGCUUCAAGAAACCUUGCAACAAGUAGAGGGCAAAGGGUUUGUUUAUAGGCUGAGGAGUAAGCCCAAAGUACACCUGGUACCUUAGAAGUUUCCGUUAGGACACAUAGUCCAAUGAGGAACAGUUUUGUGUCAAAUGGAAGGAAUGCAUAGAAAAGAUAAGGUUGGGUUUCUGUGUCCCUUUGUGUUAGGAAGUUUUAAUUAAGGUCUGGAAACAAAUUACUGUGCUUCAAAAGCGACAUGAUUCUUACCAGAGUGUAGAAAGAAUGGGCACUGGCGUCUAUCAUGAUUGCUCUUUAAAGUUGAAACUAAAAUGUUCUUAAAGUAUACUCAAUACAAUGUUUGAUCACAGUGUAAGUAGGUGAAGACAGAAGAUUAAUCAGAACAGUAAGAAGAUGUAUGUCUUUAAGCACAAUACUAUAAAACAGUAUUUACGAAAAUGUGUUCCACUGGAUAAGAUGUUAAAGGCGUUAGUAAAAAAUGAGUUCCCUGGCUAAAUUAAUUAAGGAACGAUGAAAUUAAAGAGGUUUCUUUAUUGCUCAAAUAAAUAGGUUUCAUGUGCACUCAUGGAGUUUCCCAAGCAUAUUUGAUACAAUCCAGUCCUUCCUAGCCAGAGUGUUGACAGAAAUGGUGUUAUGCUCAUAGACUAGAGCUUGGCAAACUUUUGCGAAGUGGCAGAUAAUACAUUAGUCUCUGUUGCAACUACUUGGCUCUUCCAUUAUAGCACAAAAGCCAACAAACAAUAUGUAAGUAAAUGGGUGUAGCUGUUUUGUAAAUAAACACCUGUUCCUGUAAAUAAAGUUUAAUUUACUGUAA